AGCUGGGGUUUAUUGUGCCAGAGAAGCAUGGAUUCAAUGGAGCUGUUUUUCGUCUCUCUCGGUGCUGCAGUUGUUGUCUACUAUGGAGUGAAACUGCUAUUUUUCAGUAGGAUGCUUUUCCCAAAACUGUGGUUUCCACUGUCAAAGACAUUCUUCAGCUCUAUGGGAAAGUGGGCAGUGGUGACCGGUGCUUCAGAGGGCAUAGGAAGAGCAUAUGCAUUUGCACUGGCUGAGCAAGGAAUGAGCGUGGUUAUUAUGAGCAGAACCAAAGUAACAUUGGACCAGGUAGCCAAGGAAAUAGGUGAUAAAACAGGGCAGAGGGUGAAAGUGAUAGUAACAGACUUCAUUAAGGAAAAUGUCUUCAGUGAAAUUGAAGAUCAACUUAAGGACCUCAACAUUGGGGUUUUAGUCAAUAAUGUAGGCAUGCUGCCCAGCUUCAUCCCCAGCAAAUUUCUGGAGUAUCCAGAGUUGGAUCAGAGAAUUACAGAAAUGAUCAACUGCAAUGUGAAAACUAUGGCCAAGAUGUGCAAAAUAAUCCUUCCCGGCAUGGAGAACAGGGGGAAAGGGGUGAUUGUGAAUAUUUCGUCUGGAGCUGCUUGUAUUCCAUUCCCCAUGUACACCCUGUAUGCUGCAUCUAAGGUGUUUGUGGAAAGAUUUUCUCAAGGUCUUCAAGCUGAAUACAAAGAUAAAGGGAUCAUUAUACAGGCAGUGGCUCCAUUUGGGGUUUCCACUCGGAUGGCAGGUUACCAACAGACCAACAUUGUAACUCUGUCACCAGAAGACUUUGUAAAAAGCUCCCUGCAGUACCUCAGAGCUGGAGACAAAACAUACGGCAGUAUCUAUCACAUAGUCAUGGGCUGGUUACUGCAGUCUAUUCCUCUGAAGGUUCUCUAUGCAGAUUCUUUGCUACACAGCCUACAAGACUAUGUCAAGACGAGAGCAGCACGUCAAGCAUCCAUCUCUGCAUCAAGUGCAACUUUUGAAAACGCAACAUCAUGCCCCCAAAGUGGUACAGUUUCACAAUGCUGUGGCAGUGAUGUAGCUGAAAUUAAAACGACAUGCUUGGACUCAAGAAAUAUGGCUAUUCUUUGUUGCUGACAGGUUUGUGUGUCUAUGUGUGUGCCCAGUUCCCCAUAGUCAUACAUCAUUGUAGGGGAAUAUGAGUGAAAAGAGUCUGGCGCCUUAUCUGAUGAACUGAAGGAACUAUCCAGUUCUGUUACCCCCCCCCACACAC